CCCCUUGGCCGUCCACCUCUCGCGGGAUCUCUCGAGGACGAAUGGGGUCAGGUCCCAACAUGGCUGCCGAGGAGGUGGAAGUGGAUGUGGAAGGGGACGUGGUGUCAGCGGCGGCACAGCCAGGAAAUGAUGAAAAUACAGCAUCUGCUUUACAAGAUCAUUAUCUUGAUUCAUCGUGGAGAACUGAGAAUGGUCUUAUUCCUUGGACUCUGGAUAGUACCAUCAGUGAAGAGAACAGAGCCGUUAUCGAGAAAAUGUUGUUGGAAGAAGAAUACUAUUUAUCUAAAAAAUCACUUCCAGAAAAAUUCUGGCUUGAUCAAAAGGAAGAUGAUAAAAAAUACAUGAAAAGUCUGCAGAAAACAGCAAAAAUCAUGGUACACUGUCCUACAAAACCAGCCAGUUACUCAGUAAAGUGGACGAUAGAAGAAAAAGAGCUGUUUGAACAAGGGCUGGCUAAAUUUGGCCGAAGGUGGACCAAAAUUGCAAAGCUAAUUGGAAGUCGUACUGUUUUACAAGUGAAGAGUUAUGCCAGACAAUACUUUAAAAAUAAGGUAAAAGUAAAUGGUCCAGAGAAGGAAACACCAAAUCAGAAGAACAGUGAUCUUCAGGUUAAAAAUGAAGAUGAAGGCACAAAAACAUGGAUGCCAUCAGGUUUGAGGGGGCGUGCUGAUCCCAACUUGAAUGCUGUAAAAAUUGAGAAGUUAUCUGAUGAUGAAGAGGUAGACAUCACAGAUGAGGCAGAUGAAUUGACUUCUCAAGCUCCCCAAAAGAAUCUUAGUAGUGAUCUCUUACUAGAUAUCCCUAAUAGUAAAAGUCCUGAAACUCAUAAAGGAGAAUUUAUUCUUUCUGACAGCCAGGAAGACCCCAUUUCUAAAUCUUCCAAGGAAUAUCAUCAGAAUAUGAAGCAAAAUGAGAUGGAAACACUUUCAAGCUCAGGAAUUAUGUUUUGGACUGAAAAACAGAGCACCAGUGACAAAAAAUCAGUUGAAUUAAAUGAUUGGAAAUGUAAUAAACUGAUGAAAAACUGUGAUAAGCAUGAUGGAAAUGGAAUAAUAGAUGAUGCUUGGCAGUUGCCUUCUCCAGGGCCUUGUGAAGUUCAGAAAGAUUUGAGUGAUAAUGAAAUGCCUUUUCAUUCCCCUUGCCAAAUAGAAGAGGAGAACCAUGAGGAAGAAGAGCUUAAGGCACCAGAACAAGAAGUAGAAAUAGUUAGAAAUAUCAUUCAAGAAGAAGAAAAACAAGCAAUUCCUGAGUUUUUUGAGGGACGCCAAGCUAAAACACCAGAACGCUAUUUGAAAAUUAGAAAUUACAUUUUGGAUCAAUGGGAAAUAUGCAAACCGAAAUACUUAAAUAAGACCUCAGUACGUCCUGGCCUGAAGAACUGUGGGGAUGUUAAUUGUAUUGGACGGAUUCAUACAUACCUCGAGUUGAUAGGAGCAAUCAAUUUUGGAUGUGAACAGGCUGUAUAUAACCGGCCACAACCAAUUGACAAAGUACGAGUCAGAGAAAGAAAAGAUACAGUAGAUGCAUACCAACUUGCCCAGCGUCUGCAGUCUAUGCGUACAAGGAAGCGUAGGGUCCGAGACCCAUGGGGAAAUUGGUGUGAUGCAAAAGACUUGGAAGGACAGACAUUUGAGCAUCUCUCUGCUGAGGAGUUGGCAAGAAGAAGAGAAGAGGAAAAGGGCAAAUCUGUUAAGUCUUCAAAAGUGCCAAGACCAACAAAAAGCUCAUUUGAUCCCUUCCAGUUGAUACCUUGUAAUUUUUUCAGUGAAGAAAAGCAGGAGCCAUUUCAGGUGAGAGUGGCUUCAGAAGCACUUUUAAUAAUGGAUUUGCAUGCUCAUGUUUCUAUGGCAGAAGUGAUUGGUCUGUUAGGAGGAAGAUACUCAGAAGUUGAUAAGAUAGUUGAAGUCUGUGCAGCAGAACCAUGUAACAGUCUGAGUACAGGACUGCAGUGUGAGAUGGAUCCUGUCUCACAAACACAGGCCUCAGAAACCUUGGCUGUAAGAGGCUAUAGUGUUAUCGGAUGGUAUCAUUCUCAUCCUGCCUUUGAUCCUAAUCCUUCCUUACGAGAUAUUGAUACUCAAGCCAAAUACCAGAGUUACUUUUCCAGAGGUGGUGCAAAGUUCAUUGGAAUGAUUGUUAGUCCUUAUAAUCGAAGCAAUCCUUUACCUUAUUCCCAGAUUACCUGCCUGGUUAUAAGUGAUGAAAUUAGCCCAAAUGGCUCUUACCGUUUACCUUACAAAUUUGAAGUACAACAGAUGUUAGAGGAACCUCGAUGGGGAUUAGUAUUUGAAAAGACAAGAUGGAUAAUAGAAAAAUACAGGCUGUCCCGUAGUAGCGUUCCCAUGGAUAAAAUUUUUCGCCGGGAUUCUGACCUGACUUGUUUACAGAAAAACUUUUCUUUCCAACUAGCUUUUGGAGUGUCUGAGGAAAACUCUGAGCAGCGUGACCAAUUGCUUCAUCGCUGAAGAAUUCUUAACUCAGAUAGAAAAUUUAUUUCUUUCCAAUUAUAAAUGCAAGGAAGAAAAUGGAGUCCCUGAAGAGAAUUGCACUGUGGGUCCAAAGGAAUUAUUAAUGUAAUUAUUUUAAAGUAAGACAUUUUAAUCUUGACAUAGUAGGUCCUGCUUCCAGAGUUAUAAUCUUGAUAAUUGUUGUAAUUUAGUUAACAGAGACACAUAUUUGAUAUUUUUCUCUAUUUUUUGUCUAAGAGGAUUCAAGAUGGCAGUGUGAGAGGUGAGGCAGUGAACUCCUCCUAAAACCACAGAUAGUGUGAAAAUAUAGUUAAUACAACUAACCCUAAAACAGCAAAAAAGGGCCAAAUGAAACGGAACUCACCAGUCUUCCUGAAAGAGAGUUUAAAAUAAAAAUCAUAAACAUGCUUAUGGAGGUACAGGAAAAUAUUCAAGAACUCAGAAACGAAUUUAAGACGGAGAUUCAGUCAUUAAGAAAUUCCGUAUCUGAAAUGAAACAUACAAUGGAGGGAUUUAAAAGCAGAUUAGAUGUAGUAGAAGAGACAGUAAAUGGAAUCAAAAUUAGAGAAGAGGAAUACAGAGAAGCUGAGGCACAGAGAAAAAAGAAUCUCUAAGAAUGAAAGACUAUUGAGAGAACUGUGCGAACAAGCCAAAAGGAACAAUAUUUGCAUAAUAGGGGUACCAGAAGAAGAGGAGAGAGAAAAAGGGAUAGAAAGCGUCAUUGAGGAGGUAAUUGCUGAAAACUUCCCCAAUCUGGGGAAGGAGAUAGGCUCUCAAGCCAUCGAGAUGCACAGAUCUCCCAACACAAGGGCUGAUAUUUUUCUCUAAAAAUUCACAAAAUUCAGAUUUUGCCACGUAAGUCAUAUGACAAGAGAGCUAAAGACUUGUUUUCAUAUAGUGAUUACCAGAGUGCUCUGCAGACCAGGGUCUGCUGCAGAGCUGCAGUCCUACCAUGGCCAGUAAGCAAUGCAGUAGACUGAAUGGCAGUCUGCUUUACUGUUGUAUCAGAGCGAUAAGUGAAAUAUGUCUCUAAUGUGUAUUUCUCCCUGAACUCGUCAUCCCAUUUUUGGUAUCUCAUGUCUCAUUAGGAACACUUGCCUUCUUUCCAUGUGUUUUGGUGAGAUUUGUUUAUGGUUGCAAAUGAGAUAUAAAUGGAUGAUCACUAAAGUAAUUAACAUGUUUGAGAACUACUGGUUUAAUAAAUCUUAACAUGCUAGGGAUAGCUGUGGAGCAUAAGGAGAAAAAUCUUAAAAAUAGAGAAGUGACCCAAAUGAGAGAAUCAAAUUUUUGGUUUUUUAAUUACAGGUACUUGCUUCCAUUUUAUUUUAUAGCAGCAAUACUCCAGGAUAUGCCAUUUUCUCAGUUAUCUGAAACAUUUUGUGUUUAUUUCAGUUACAUCAAAUAAUUAGUUUCAACUAUAUGACCACCUUACAUUAGUACUUGUAUUAGCGUGUGUAAUAAAACUUCAUUUUACUGGAACACAGGUAACAUUCCCUUCAAACUAGAAUUUUUUUUUUCCUAAAAAGGAAAAAAUUACAAAAAAAGCUUAAAUAAAUCAGAGAUAUAAUUUUAAAAACAAAAAUGCCUUCCAGGCAUAUUCAGCCCACUUUCAUAUAUUUUCUGAAUCAUAGAUCAGCAGACUUUAUAUAAAGGGGCAGUUAGUCAGUAACAGGCUUUGCAGCACUCAUUCUGUCUCUAUCAGAUGUUCUCCUUUAUAGUUUUGUAUGACACUUUAAAAAUAUGAAACCAUUCUUAGUUCAUGAACCUCACAAAAAACACGUUGCUGGCCUUUAUCUUCCAACCCCUGAUCUAGGGAAUUUCAAACAUUUAGAAUUUAUCUUCAGAUGCAUGAGCCUGAGACACUGAAAAGUCCUGCAUCAUCUUCAAACAACAGCAAAACUCAAAAUUGUGAUUUACAUUUAAGUACGUUUUCAGAUAAAAGUUAGCAAUCAUGCUGCCUGAUUGAUCCUAAUAGAUUGUAUAUAGAAUUAUUUACAAACAUUCUUAUUAAUAAUAGUUUUAUUAUAUCUAAUCUGGGUAUGAUUCUGUCUUUUUACCUUUCUUGGUUGUAAUAAUCAGUAGCCCAGGAAGAAUAUAGCAGUAUUGGAAGGAGCAGUGAGCCAGUUUUAGGUGACCUGGGCUUUGACUCAACCUUGUGGUUUUGGGGGAUAUAGUUUACUUUAUCUGGGCUUAAAUUCUUUUGUGUAACUGAGGUUUAAAUUAUCUUCUUGGCAUUCUAGGUCUAAGAUCUUAUGGUUUGUUCUAAUUAUUGGACUACUCACCUGGAACUUUAUAUUUUGAGAUGGUACAUUUCCCAAAUUAACAAAUGUUUUUAAAAGAAAACUAGUAGUGUUUUAUUUCUCUCCAUGCAUUUAUGAUUAACAAUGCAACAUAACAUAAAGCAAUUACUUUUGGGACCAGGGAUGUAACAGCUGUAGACCAAAAAAUAGGAAACCUGAGUUCUUACUAUAAUUCUGUUACCAGCUUUGCUGUAUGUGUAACUGUAUGACAGUGAUCAAAUCACAUAACCUGUCUGGACUUCACACUCUUCACCUGUAAUUCAAAAAUCUAAAUUCUGUGAUUUAGUAUCUCCUUCCAAGAGCAGAAAGUCUGAGUCUACAGAAGUUGGCAAUCCAUUCCUUUGUACUCUUCCUUUUGACAUAUUUUCCUCAUUGUACAUUGGGAACAGAUCCUAGAAAGUUCAUAUUAAUUAACUUUCUUGAUUGGCAUUUCCCUGUAAUGAUAAGUUUAGGUGAUGGGAAGUAGUGAAAAUCAUUAAAAGUUCUGUUUUCAAGUUGAGGUGCUCUGCACACCACUAGUUAACCAUAAUUAUUAACAAGCCAUGCCAUGAGGAGCUCAAAGGUGGCAAUCUUCUGAGUUUAAAGCUUUAAGAACAUAAUUUUUAAAAUAAUAUUUACUUAGUGGAUUUUCUGGUGGUAGAGUACAUUUAUCUCAUAAAAUAUUCUUUAACAGAAGCAUAAAAUAAAACUAUCUUGAUCCUACUAUUAAGAAAACUAUAGUUAACAUUUUAGUAUAAAUCCUUUUUUUUGGACUGUGUAAUAUUAGAACAUUACAGUCUGUUAUUUUCCUCCGCCCGUCCGGCAUUCAUUCUCCCUGCUUGCUUUUUUCUCUGAUAAUAUCCUUAAAACAUUUUUGCAGCUGCAGGUGCCCACAUUCCUGUCACUGCCAGCCAUGGGCUAGGUAGUUGGAGCCAGGGCCUUGGAAAAGCACCGAAGUCUAGAACUAAGUUGCAGUGUAAUUCAGGACCUUCAGGAGGCAGAGCCAGCAGAAAACCUACCUCUGGUGGUAAUGUUUACAGGACAGGAGAGAGGACUUGAACAUGUCCAAGUCAUCCCGAUUUGGCUCUUACUGUUGCAUAAUGACAAUACAAUAAUGAACUUAAUUUUUAUUUCUUUUUCCAGCUUGGCUAGUGGUAAUUGAUACUCAUGCUUUGCCACUAUUAGACUUAACUCUCUACUAAUUCCAAAGUAACAUUUAAGUAAAGAAAAUCAGUGGAGUAAGAUCAAGAUCAGACUCUCCUUCACCCUCCAUUAUUGACCCUCUAUUCAAAGCUGCACUAUGACUUUCAUGGGCCUUGUUUCUUCUUCUGUUAAAAAAAAAUUAAUAUAUUACAAUUGUAUAAAAUGAAGAAAAAGAAUUCUAAAAGUGUAACGUGAAUUUACUAUUAUAUGUAAAUAUGUCCCUCAAUCUAAACAUUCAUAUUUUUUCUUCUGAAUCUAAAAGAAAGCAUUUUCAUGGGCCUUUAAAAAGUAUUGUGUACCUGAAGCAUGGUGCUUGAUAGUAAGUUGGCCCUCCCUAUAUUCUGAAGGGUAUCAUUGGAAAAAUGGCAAUGACUGCCUAUAAAAACCUACCUCACAAACUCUAGGGUAUUUUGCCACUGCAGCCAAGAAGAUUGCAGUUCCCAUGGCGUUAGAUCUAUAGACUUGCACUUAGUUCUUUACUGACUUGACCAAAGCAUAGGAGUAUUACCUGGGACCAUUCAUCCUCAGAGAAAGACUGGAGGCAGAAGUUAAGAGUUUUCAGGUACAUAUUUUUGUUAAUGAUCCUUACUCUAUAGUUUUGAAACUAAAACCAUAUAUCCUGCCAUCUUUCCUUUCAUCAUUUCCCUCAUGCCCUUUUCUUCAUCCCCACUGCACUUCUUACCUGUCAGCAUAUAGGUUGAAAGCAUUCUGUCAUUUGUUGAAAGCAGGGCUUGAAGAGCAGAGAUGAACAGACCCAUUCAUAUUUCCCAGAAGUUGAUGAAUGCUGACCCAGCCUCCUCUGCAGGACUUUCCUCCCCGACAGGAGUGGGGUUAGGUGUGUGACCUGCAGACUGAGAGCGGGUCAGAGUCUCUGCAGCUGUCUGGGCAGCCGAGGAGACUGUGGCCUCAGCGUGCCCACCUGAGCAGCACUCCUGCUUUCCAGCUGCUUCCUGUCUGUGCGGGCCCUCAUGAGCUGCGAGCUGUAGGACCUGAGGGCGUUGCUAGUCAGGAUGCCCUAGACUGAUGCUUUGUCCUGAACCGACACUAGAGCCAUAGGGCAUGACCACUUGGAAUGUAGCUACUGGUCCUCAAGUCAUCAGCAGGCAGCAGGUAUCCAACUGAUGGAUUUCAGAGUAGAAAUGAAGUCAGGGUGCCCACAGUUAGUUUUUUUUUCACCUACACUCCCCUUUCUCAAUAGCUAGAGACUAAAUCUAAAGUCUCGUAUUACGACAUUUAGGAAAACUUAAUUCACCCAAGCACAAAGAGAAAAGCAUAUACAUUUUAAUUAUCUGCUCCCUCAGGGUUCAUAGAAAAUUUAAGAAGGAAAUUUGACCUGCACCUUGAGUUUACCAUAGCUUAGUAGUGUUCUUACAAGUUAAUACCAUAUCUUGCAGUAUUUCCAGAAAAUCACUGUGGAGGAUAAUGUAAUAUAUUUUAGCUUAAUUCCUGACCUUUUUUGAAAUAGUUUUAUGUGUACUAUUCCCCCCAAACUCUGCUUUCUCUCUUUUUUCAUUUAACCUGUAAUUUGUGCUUUCUGGUAUCUUCUGAAUCUACCUUUUAAGCUACCUUGAAUCUUUUCUGGAACAAGACAGAAUAAAUAUGUUACCCCUUAAAUCAGGAGAAAGGCAAAAUAAUGCACAAAAGCUAUAAUUAUGCCUGGGGCUCUAUACCAAACCAAAUUUGAGAAGGUAAAAUAACUUAGUAUAUCUAGGCUCUUUUUUGUUUUCUUCCUUUGAGUGUUUUUAAGAAUAUGUUCAUAAGAACUUUAGGGGACAAUGCCUGAUUUGUUAUCUUUGAGUUUUCCUAGAGUAGCCUCUUAGGAUUUAAGGUCUGUUAAGUAUGAUUUCAUAGUUUGUAUUCCUGUUUCAUAGGUUACAACAGAAUAUUUGUUUCAUCCAGUGAAUACUAAAGUAGUAUUUAGAUUAUAGCAUGAUUUAAACAGAUUGCUCACAGACCUUUAAAUUUGUGUAUUUGACAUGUAAAUUGUGUAUUAUAUGUAAGUUUACUGUGAUUAUUGAUAAACUUGAUGUUGUUUUCCCCAAAUGUUAUCAGUGUUUAUGGAUUUCUUUUAUUAGUUUGAAAUUUGGAAUGUUCUCAAGUAAAAUAUAAUGAUUUAAGCUAUUUUUUUACAUUUAAAUAUGCUAUGUUAUCUGUAUAUUAAAGAAUAUUGUAAAUAUUCAUGUUUGCACAGUUAUGAAAGCUUUUCCUCAAAAUGAUUGAACUCUCUUCUCCAUACUUAGCUGUGAUGGAUUAUAAAAUAUCUGAUUUUAAGCUUUGGAAUUUUAUCUUGUAAAAAUUCUGAAAAAUCUAUAUAAAUAAAAUUUUGAAAAUAAAA